AGCCUCUUUUUUAUUUUGAAAGCUUAUCCGGAAAACUUAUUUUUACUUACCGACCCCAUUCUUUCCCUGGAGUGGUCCUGUGGUGUUAAAGACGUUCUUACUUAAAAAAAUAAAAUAGAAAAAACUCCACUAUAGGCCUAGGGUUGGGGGCGAUGACAGGAAGUUAAUAGUAUAGCAACAGCGAGUCGCAGAAUUGCACCCUUUUUGAGCGAGGUGCUGACUGGCUGAGUGCUAGCUGGUUAGCUCACUCGCCACAUCAGCGAAGACGUUCUGGAGAUAAGACAAGCGUGGCGAGAAGAAAAAAGAAGAAGACGAAGCAGCAGCAGCGCGUAUGUGUGUAUCGGGGGGAGCCGGCCUUCAUUAGACCCCGCUACAACGAGCUGGAGAGCUUCCACGCCCCCCCACGUUCGUCUCUUUCCCGGUGCAGCAUCCCGUCGAGAUGGACAACUUGAGUGACGCCUUGGCAAAGCUGAAACUGGCAUCCACAGACAGCGCCUCGGACAGUGUGGAGAGCUGUCUGGACUGCCUGCUGAAAGCGCUUAUCAACAACAACGCGGAGGCCAGUGUGAAAAUCCAGGAGAUGGGCAUUCUUCCCUUGUUCUCCACCCUGCUUAACCCCCAGUCAUCCUGCACCCCCAAAGUCGCCAAUAUCAUCGCAGAGGUGGCCAAAAACGAGUUCAUGCGGACUCCCUGUGUGGAAGCGGGCCUCAUCCCUCCGCUCACUCAGCUUUUGAACUCCACCGAUCAGGAGAUUCUACUGCAGACGGGUCGGGCUCUAGGCAACAUCUGUUACGACAGCCAUGAGGGCAGGAGUGCAGUUGACCUGGCAGGAGGGGCUCAGAUAGUAGCCGAACACAUUAAAACCCUCUCCCAAAAUACAGAGCCGGAAAAUGAGAAGCUCUUGACAGUCUUUUGUGGCAUGCUGAUGAACUAUAGCAAUGAUAAUGAUUCCCUACAAGGCCAGCUGAUCAGCAUGGGCGUGAUCCCCACUCUGGUGAAGCUGCUCGGCAUCCAUUCCCACAACGCCGCCCUGACGGAAAUGUGUCUCAUCGCCUUUGGGAAUUUAGCUGAGCUCGAGUCGAGCAAAGAGCAGUUUGCCUCCACCAACAUCGCUGAGGAGCUGGUGCGCCUUUUCCAGAAGCAAGUGGAGCAUGAAAAGAAAGAAAUGAUAUUUGAGGUCCUGGCUCCCCUCGCAGAAAACGAUGCGAUCAAGUUGCAGAUGGUCGAGGCGGGCCUGGUGGAAUGUCUCCUGGAGGUGGUGGCUCAGACUGUGGACGGCAAGCGGGAGGAGGACGUCGCCCAGCUGAAGACGGCCUCUGACCUCAUGGUGCUCCUUUUGCUCGGAGACGAGUCCAUGCAGAAGCUGUUUGAGGGAGGCAAGGGCAGCGUCUUCCAGAGGGUGCUUUCCUGGAUCCCAUCGCACAACCACCAGUUGCAACUGGCCGGUGCGCUUGCCAUUGCUAAUUUUGCCCGCAAUGAUGGCAACUGCAUCCACAUGGUGGACACUGGUAUCGUACAGAAGCUUUUGGAGCUGUUGGAUCGGCACAUUGAUGAAGGCAAUGUCACAGUUCAACACGCAGCUCUCAGUGCUCUUCGGAACCUGGCCAUACCCGUUGUGAACAAAUCCAAGAUGCUGUCAGCUGGAGUCGCCGACGUGGUGUUGAAGUUCUUGCAGUCAGAGAUGCCGCCGGUGCAGUUUAAGCUGCUGGGGACCUUGCGCAUGCUGAUCGACACACAAGUGGAAGCAGCGGACCAGCUUGGGACCAACGGGAAACUGGUGGAGCGGCUGGUGGAGUGGUGUGAAGCCAAAGAUCAUGCCGGGGUGAUGGGCGAGUCCAACAGGCUCCUUUCUGCUCUCAUUCGACACAGCAAGUCCAAGGACGUCGUCAGGACAGUCAUCCAGGGAGGUGGAGUCAAGCACUUGGUCACCAUGGCAACCAGUGAGCACAUGAUCAUGCAGAAUGAAGCGCUGGUGGCACUGGGCCUCAUCGCGGCGCUCGAUUUGGUUGCAGCCGAGAAGGACUUUGAGGAAGCGAACCUCAUUGCUGUGCUUCACAAGCUGUUGUCAGAUGAGAGGAGCGCACCGGAGAUUAAAUACAACUCCAUGAUCCUCAUCUGUGCUGUCAUGGGAUCCGAGCCCCUCCACAAAGAAAUCCAGAGCCGGGCGUUCAUCGAUGUGGUGUCCAAACUUCGCUCACACGAAAACAAGACAGUGUCCCACCAGGCCUCGCUCACGGAGCAGCGGCUAACCGCCCAGAGCUAAACGGCUCGGCGUGUCGUCAAACAAAACCUCCCCAAACCCCCCGCAGCUGAUCGCCCUGCACCUGAACACCCGAUGAAUGCGCGACCCCUUGUUCUGUAAGCCCAUCGUCACGUGCCAAGGUACCAUGUUGCAUUAACUGCCAGACAGACAUCCUCUUGACUCGUGCUAAGGACAGACUGGUGUACAUCACGGAUGGAGAGCCGUCAUUUAUUGAGGUGAGGUAGCACAUUUCGACGCGUCCGUCUUUCCGCAGCCCAUCGACUUGUUCCAGCUGGUGUUGUCACGGUACCAAAAUUCUGACUUCGAUACCAUAACUGUCUAAAGUACCUCGAUACUGUGACUGAAACGAUACCAUGGCAAAAAAAAAACUUAAACCGUCACUUAAUCAUAGAUGACAAAAUACAGAACGUCCAAUUGUUAGUAUUUUAAUAAUUAAAAAUAUUGGGCAGCGUCAUACGUAAUUAUUAAAUUUCGGGAUGUUCAAUACUACUUUUCUUUAACCGAUACCAGUAUGAGUAUUCACUCUUGAGUACCGGUACUCACCGAUACCAAGUACCAAUACGACCAGUACUUUUAAAGUAUCCCAUUUUUAAAUAUACAUAGUGACAAAUAAUUGUGAAUCAAAUGUUCUUUCUUCCUGGCGUACAUGAGGAUUUGUCGACAUUCAUAACCACUGCAGCCUUGGGCCAUGAGGCUGGUAUCGGACCGAUACCUGGUAUCGGUAUUCGCCCAUCCCAAAUAAAUAUGUAUAAUUUAUUUUCAUGCUAUGUCAUGCUGCAGAAUAACAGUACACUGAAUUAGCACAGUCCUAAAAUUACUUUUUUUAUUUUUUUAAUUACAACAGAUUUAUUCAGUGUACUAUAGUUCGGACUUUGUGGAUUCCUUUUGCUUUCCGCAGUUGCCAUACUUUUGUGUGGCAGCAUGGAGGCUCUGUCCACAUCGAAACAAAUUCACUAUUUUACAGGGGAGACGAUUAAACUGCUUGAAGCAAAGACUGUUUUUUUUGUUGUUGUUUUUUUGAGAACUGUUUACAGAGGGAGUGGUAGUAAAAUGCAGUGGCAUUGUUUUCAUUUUUUAUGGUGAAGUAUUGCAGUACUUUUGUAGUACCGGUACACCAUUCAAGCGUCGUGCAUGCAACCUUUGCAGCACUCUUAGAAUGAGCAUAAACCGUGACGCCAGCUGCCAUGUUAAAUCCCACAGUGUCUUUCUGUUGUGGUGCAUGGUUUGGUUUUGUUUUGGCCAGUUUACCUCUGACGCAAGAGUGGGGAACCUGUUAUUUUUUUGUUUUGUUUUGUUUUUUCUGGAGGCAUCCAUUUUCAGUAAAUAUAUAGAUUUAAAAAAAUAGAUUGUCAUUGUUUUUAGAAUUGCCUGGUUUGUGUCUUUUUUUUUUUUAAUAUCAUUGAUCCAGUAUGUGUUUGAGCUGCUGAUAUCGGGUCUACGGAUUUAUGGAGAAAGUCAGAACAAAAGAGUGAGGCACCUUUCAUUAGUCAUGUCUCAUUCACCAAGAAAAUUACCGCUUUACCUCAUGAUCGGCUAUCUACUUAAAUGCAGAGUAUCAGUCUUGUGUGGCGGGAAUCGUUUUACACAGAUCCGGCUACAAUAAGGCAGGAUAUUGACAUUUGGUUGGCAUGUGUGUCAAACCUCUCAAAAUCCCCCAUCUGAAAACACAUAGGAAGUCAGCCAUUUUAACUCGAAACAGCCAUUUUAGGCUGUUCCAGCAGUUCUUCGGGGAUGAACAUGUCCUUGAGAUUUUGUUACGCAUUAUUAGACUAAACUGCACAACAUUUGCAUUUUCAUCAUUGCGUUGGGUCAGCUUUACAGAUGCCAUGCCUGCUCUAGGCAUCUGGGCUAAAAAAAUUGCACCCCCCACCCUCCCUUUGUCUGUGUCAGUGCUGCUUUACUAUACAUCAAAUAAAUUGGGGUUUCUAUUGGAGGCCACUAAUUUGAAACUACAGUUUAUGUUCAGGACAUAGUAAAUGUAAAUACACAUCAUAGUUUUGUGAGUUGUUUACCCCCCACCCAUGUCACUGGUGCAUUGUCAAAAACCUGUUGAGAUACUAUAACAAUAUUCAUUGGGAGCACACACACACACACACACAAACACUUGGCAGUGAAUAAAAGUGCAGCUAGCGUCCGUAAUUAAAUGCACAUCAGUGAAGAAAUGCAUGAGCUGCCACACGAGUGGAUCUCUUGAAGAUUGCUUUGUCUUAGCGCAUCGCAUAUACUGUAAAUCUUGGCAUGUCCCAAUCUGUAACAACUGUUAUUUUUUUUUAAGUAUGAGUGGUUAUUUAUCAGAUGUGCUCUUAAAUGAGUUGUAUUCAUAGCAAAAGCAUAAAAGUACUAUAAACGUAAAUGUUUGUUGUAAAUGUCAAAAAAAGUUGUACAUUUGGAAGACUGUAACAGAAGAUAAUUAAAAGCUGAUAGCUAGCA